AUGAAGAAAGAAGGCGCCACUCUAGCUCGAGAAGAUAUCUCAUCGGACGACUACAAUUCUGACGCGUACAGCCUUUACUUCAAAGGUUUGAUGUGGGAGGAGAUAAUGGGGUUUGGGGUUGCAAUAUGGAGAGAAGAAGAUGAUAGUCUCUUGUUUCAGAUGAAGAGAUCUUUGUGUGACUCUUUAACUACAGUUUUGGAGGCUGCGCUUAUAGCUUUGAAGCGGGGACUAACUGAAGUUGUGAGUUUGGGGAUCAAUCAUAUCACAAUCUACUGCGAUGAUUAUAAGGUUUUUGACUUGAUCAUGGAAAGAUCCGCUCCUGACCAAGAGAACAUCGCCUUGAUAAUGGAUGAUGUCAAACGCCUCAGACAACAGUUGCCAUCUAGCUUCCUUGUUCUUGUGACUGAUCAAAUUCAAGUUAAGUUUGCAAUAGACUCAAUAAAGAUAGGUAUGCCUCCUGCUCAUAAGAAGACUUGCGAUAGCUGUUUCGACAAUAAUGAUAUCAUCAAAGCUGUACCUAUGUUUUCCAAUGGAUCUUGCCCUCAUAAGUUCUGCUUGAACUGCGUGAAAAGACAUUUAGAAGUGGAACUACAAGAUGGAAGAAGUGUACCGAGAUGUCCUUAUCAUCGCUGCAAAUCGAACCUUGAUCUUAGAAGGUGUGCUCAUCUUUUGACACCUAAAGUACAAAAGAUGUUUGAGAGAAGGAUCAAACAAGACUUGGUACCAGAAUGGGACAGGUUUCACUGCCCAAAUCCAAGCUGA